AAGCACUGCGGAUGGGCGGAGUCUGCCCACCCUGACGCAAUCACUGAAUAGUGGCUACAUAACAAACACUGACACUUCCUUUUUGCCGCGGCUGCAAAACAACGACACCGACAAGAAUGGGACGAGCCGUCGUCAUUGUUUGUCGCACGGCAUGCCCCACGGUCGCCGCCGAACGGUUGUUUCGCAGCGUUUUAUCCCGGGACUAGCCGACGAGGGAGGCUAACAGGCUAGCUAGCGCGGGGCUCGGCUAAGUUGCCUUUUCGGUCGCGGCGACCCACGCAGCUCCACCACGACCGCUUUCACUCUCAGAGAAAAUGGUGUACCUGCUGAAUCCUCUGGAGAACCUGAGAAGCUACAUCACCAACCGUCCGCCGCUGGUCAUUUUCAUGAUCAGCGUCAGCGCUUUGGCCAUCGCCUUCCUCACUGUCGGCUACUUCUUCAAGAUCAAGGAGAUCAAGUCGCCAGGGUUGACGGAGGACUGGAACACGUUCUUGCUGCGCUUUAACGAACUGGACUUGUGUGUGUCGGAGAACGAGACCAUUAAGCACGGCCUCAACGAGUCCACCACGCCCGAGAGCCUGGUGCUGACCAGCGGGCAGGCACGCUCCAGCACGCAGGUGCCGCUGAUCUCCGAGGACCCGGGCUCCGUCAACAUCUCGGUGCCCAUCACACUUACACUGGAUCCCCAGCGUCCGUUCGGGGGCUACUCGCGCAACAUCACCCACCUGUACGCCGCCGUGCUCGGGCAGCAGGUCGGCCUGUCUGGUCGUGAAGCCCACGAAGAGAUCAACAUCACGUUCACGCUGCCCGUUUCCUGGAACGCGGACGACUGCAUCCUGCACGGCCACUGCGAGCAGGUGGUGUUCAGCACGUGCAUGACCGUCUCUGCCGCCAGCAAUAUCUUCCCGGUCACAGUUCAGCCGCCACACUGCAUGCCAGAGACGUACACCAACGCCACCUCCUGGUAUAAGGUCUUCACCACGGUGCGUGACUCGGACACCAAGUACAGCCAGGACUACAACCCCUUCUGGUGCUACAAGGGCGCCAUCGGCAAGGUGUACCACGCCCUCAACCCCAAACUCACCGUCAUCGUGCCCGAUGAUGACCGCUCCCUCAUCAACCUCCACCUGAUGCACACGAGCUACUUCCUGUUCGUCAUGGUCAUCACUAUGUUCUGCUAUGCGGUCAUCAAGGGCAGGCCCGGCAAAGUGCGGCAAAGCAGCCCCGACUUCUUCCCCGAAAAGGUGGCUCUGUCAGAAGGUUAAUCGGGCGGUACGAGAAGAUCAGUUGUAAGACCAGUUCCAAACAAAGACCCAGGGACACGCACUCGGUUGCCUGUUGGUCUCUGUGCGGACUUUAAAGUUGAAGAAGAAGAAAGACAAAAGAGCUCGGCGAAUGAUUGAACUCCUCCUCGCAAUGUUGGGAUUAUCCAACCAAAGAUACAAGUGCCUGCAUCCGUGGUGUAAAUACGAUGUAGGAACCUUUUUGUGUUAUUGUUGCUAAUAACAAUUGAUUUGCCAUAUCACAACAUGCAGUACCACACAGCUGCCCACCUUAAAGACGAUUGACACAUUCAUCCAUACAAUCCGGCUCGCUUGCUAACCUCCAUCUGUUCACCAAGGCCCGCCUAGACGGGGUGCAGGAGCAGGGCACGAAACGGAGAAGAUAAUGUACUUUUUCUUUAUAUUAAAAGGAGUCCAAGCAGUGCUGAGCGACUAACAAUAGCUACAAUGCGAGUUCAGGCUCAACUGGUAGCGUUCAUUUGUUUUUGUUUUAAUUAGCAGGCUACUUCCUGGGUGCUUCAGACCGACGUACAAAUAGUAAUAACUUAACAUUGCGCUUCAUUCAACAAAAUAAUGGGUUCUUUUUUGGCCCUGAAGUGCAAGCCAAAUAUGUUGGUUUUUUUUCCCUACGUAAACCUUGUUCAUCCAUGUUUUUUUAUUUAUUUAUUUUUUUUAUAGCAUUAACACGUCCGUUUCUUAAUGACGGCAAUGAGCCAGAGCUGUUUUUUAUUUUUUUUUCGCCCAAAGACUUUGGAGAAACCUUACCAACUGUCAGAUGGUGCCACUCGAAUAAUAGUCACUGCAAAUAAAUCCAAAUGUGCAACAUCACCAAACCGAAAGAUGUGAGAAUUCAUCAUCAACAUUGACUGAUUUCACUUCUUCAAUUGAAAAGCGGCAUUGAGAUGCUCGGAAGUUUUUUUUGUUUUUUUCUGACUGUUUCUUUUUUAGCUACUUGUUGAUGGAGGCAGAAUAGAACAGGAAUCUGCUCUAUUAUGUAUUUUGGUUGUUUUUUUUAAAGCGAAAAUCGUAAAUUGAUCCGCUGGUGUUUACUAAAGUGCACCACUUUAGUAACGUGUUAUCAGAAUAUGACAAAGUUGACGUCUAAAUUACACACUUAUCUCGUUUUGUCGGGCCGGACGGAAACUUGCCUUACCUGCUGUGGACUUGCUUUCUCGCUCGCCUUCAUCAUGCCAUUUUCUUCCACUCACUCAAACACUCUGAAAACAUCGUUCCGCUUUUGAAUUAUUCCUUAAUUAAUUGAAUUUUUCUACGCCACGCAAACACUGUUUAAGCACUUUUUAUGUUUUUUUUUGUGCGCGCACAUUUUGACGUGAAUUUUGCAUUUUUGUUGUAAUUUUCUGUUAUUGCAUAUUCCCUCACCCAAAAAAACGUCUGAUUAUAUUUAUGAUUAAAACGUGCGUGUAGUAUUACAAAAUUUGCAAAAAAAGACAAAACAAUUAGGAGUGUUUGGUGUUUUUUUUCUCUCUUAAUGGCGUGUGUGUAAAAUGAACAUUUACAGUUUGAUUUUAUUUUGUGCAACAUUGACAAUCAAGAUGUUUAAUUUAUCUGUAUUUUUUGUUGUUGUUGAGAAGCGCAUUAGUCUGCAUUUUUCUUUGCCUCCUAAUUUAGUUCCAUUCAAAAUAAAAAUGUUGAAUGUACUUUUUCCACAAUCUUGUAAAAUUCCAUGCUAUCCAUUCAAAGACUUGAAUAAUGUUUUUGUUGAUAUUAUAGGAAUAUUGUAUCAAACGCGUAUCAAUAAAAAUAAAUGUUAUUUUUGUUUUCAUUUCAAAGUCUUCCAAGAAAUGUAUCAUAUUCAAGCAUGCAUCUGUCACGACUAAGUGUGUGUCAUCUCUGUGCAGCUCCGCAAAUGGCCUUAAAAUUGUGUGUCUCGCUGUGUCAACAAAAUGGCUUUAUCGACAAUAACGGCCAUUCCUUUCUACUCACCGGGCGUUUUCUUGAGUUGUCUGCAGAGCUUUCAGGCUAAGAGUAGGAAGCCAAGCGUGUGCCUUCCUCACUUAUCAAGCUGCAUCCCUGUAGAUAAGACACGUAGCUUAGGGAAGGGAAGGAGGUGGUUUUGUGGAUAUGACUGCUGUAGAUGAAUACAAAGUGAAUUAA